GAGGCGUUUGCCGGUGUGAUGACGCACAGCCCUCGUACGACGGUGCAGGGACACGGUGUGAGGAGUCUCCCGGCAAACCCUGACACGAUUAACCGGAUUAAAAAUAGUUUUUUCCAAGGAGUUUUCCCAGCUCUCCUGUGCGUGAAAUGAUGAAAAACGGCCACCACGCUGCCGACGAGCAGCGGGGCGGAGGCGACUGCAAGCCGGCGAGGUCACACUGCAGCCCGGAGAAGAGGAAGCGACAGGUCCGGUUGUGGUGCGACGGCUGUUACGACAUGGUCCACUACGGUCAUUCCAAUCAGCUGCGGCAAGCAAAAGGCAUGGGAGAUUACCUCAUUGUUGGAGUGCAUACAGAUGCGGAAAUUUCCAAGCACAAAGGUCCUCCAGUGUUCACUCAGGAAGAGCGCUACAAGAUGGUGGGUGCUAUCAAGUGGGUGGAUGAGAUUGUGGAAGGAGCUCCCUACGUCACCACACUGGAGACCCUGGACAAGUUCAACUGUGACUUCUGCGUGCAUGGUGAUGACAUCACGCUGACAGUGGAUGGUAAGGACACGUACGAAGAGGUGAAGCGAAUGGGACGCUAUCGGGAAUGUAAGCGCACUCAGGGAGUCUCCACCACAGACCUUGUAGGACGUAUGCUCCUCAUGACCAAAUCACAUCACAGCAACAUGGAUAACCCAGAUUACCAGCAGUAUACAGACAAUUUUGGCAAGGGGCCUAAAGGACACAGUCCAUGGACUGGUGUGUCUCAGUUCUUGCAGACGUCCCAGAAAAUCAUCCAGUUUGCCUCAGGAAAGGAGCCUCAGCCUGGGGACACCAUCAUCUACGUCGCCGGGGCAUUUGACCUCUUCCACAUCGGCCAUGUUGACUUUUUAUCAAUGGUCUACAAGUUGGCAGAGAAACCAUACGUCAUUGUUGGUCUGCACUUUGAUCAGGAGGUCAACCGCUACAAGGGGAAAAACUACCCAAUCAUGAACGUCCAUGAGAGGACUUUGAGCGUCUUGGCCUGUCGGUAUGUGUCAGAAGUGGUGAUUGGUGCUCCUUAUGCUGUGACCAAAGACCUGCUGGAUCACUUCAAGGUAGACAUGGUUUGUCACGGCAUGACGAAAGUGUUUCCUGACAAAGAUGGAUCAGACCCCUAUGCUGAGCCCAGGAAGAGAAAAAUAUUCAAGAGCAUUGAUAGCGGGAACAAUCUCACCACAGACGACAUCGUGCAGAGGAUCAUUGCAAACAGGUUGCAGUUUGAAGCCAGGAACCAGAAGAAGGAGGCCAAGGAGAUGGCAGUGAUCGAGGCCAUGAAAAAGAGAGAAGAAUCUGCUGACUAGACAAAUGAGGAACACAUUCGACAUAUUCUAGCAUCAUCUGUUGCCUGGAUUGCCUGGAUUUUUGCCUACAAUUGCUCCCGCUGUGUUCGCUUGAUCAAGUAAAAUACUUUCUGGUUUGUUAAAAUGUAAUGUUGCUUACACAUUUUUCUAGCAGCUCUUGGCAUAUUCAUGGGGCUGGAUCAAUUUAACGUUGCCCUAUAUCUCGUCUAGUUUGUAGCAAUGAAACAGACAACACCACCAUUUGACCAUGUAUUUAUUUAAAUAUAACUUUAGAAACAAUAAUUAAGUGGCGCAUGGGGAGAGUGGCCGUGCGCAACCAAGGGGUAACUGGUUCAAUCCCCACCUAGUACCAACCUCGCCACGUCCAUUGUGUCCUUGAACAAGACACAUCACCCUUGCUCCUGAUGGGUGCUGGUUAGCGCCUUGCAUGGCAGCUCCCUCCAUCAGUGUGUGAACGUGUGUGUGAAUGGGUAAAUGUGGAAGUAGUGUCAAAGCGCUUUGAGUACCUUGAAGGUAGAAAAGCACUAUAGAAGUACAACCCAUUUAUCAUAAACUUUACUGUAUUUUCUUGUCUUUUAGCGCAUACAUGAAUAGACUGUGCCUGUCUCAUUAUCAACCUUAAAACAAAGGACAUGUGUAGACGUUCAAAAAAGGCUGACAAAGAUAUGACGUUUCUGUUGUCCGAACUUGUGGUAUGCAAAUUUAUAAAUUUGUUGUUUGAAAAUAACGUCAUUGUUGCUUCUCUUUCUGCUUGGAAUAACCUAUUCUGUCCAUGUUCUGACCUGGUCUCUUGUAAGAAUGAGACCUGAUACAUCAUCAAUAAUAAUAAUAUUCUGUUCAGCUCUACAGCUAAUUUGAAACUCAUGUUCAUUUUAACAUACUCAAUUUUAGACAACUACAAAGACGCAUUAAAAAUAAUACAAAAAUAUGGAAAGGGCUGCAACACAAUCUGCAAUCUGAGGCAGAGAAUUAGGAGCUGCCAGAAAAAAGGAGCAGGAAGCCAGUGUAAGUGUGUACAAGUGUAAGUCUUGUUUUUGUCAUGUUUCUACAGUAAUAGGAAGGUUAUUUCCGGUAGCAUUCAAAAAUAGACCAAAGAUGAUUGUACUAUAUGUAUAUUUGGCAAUUUUGGUAAUGCAAUAAUCCUAAUGAUAUGGUUACCCAACAGCCAUUGUCUCGGGGACCCUGAUGAUAGCGAAGAAGACCUCGCAUCUCUGGGGUUGGCAAGCCAAUUGCACAGGCAGAGUAAGGAAUAAUCUCUUAACAUCUAAAAAAUGAAACCACAACAUUAAUAUUAAAGAUAUGGUUAACAUUCUUGAUGCUAAAGAUAUUCCCCUCUCAUUGUAUCCCUUCUCCCAGCUCCACCGUAUUGCCGAGUGCCAGCAAGAGUCAUUAGUACCAGUACUCGUCAACUCAACUCCUCAACUGGAGAUAACUUUCUAGGUAAAGACUGAUAUAACUUUAAUGAGUCCAAAAUCAAAACAGGCGUUUAAUCCUAACACUGGAGGAGUUUGUGUGUCAACGAUGUGAACCUUUAAUGUUAGAUGGAUGCUUUUGUACUGGCAUUUAAUGUUGCAUUUUCCUCUGACAGAUAGCCUCUCACCCCCAUAGCCAUAUAGAGGGCGUGUUGUUGGUUGUAGUGUGUCCUGUAUCCCAAGCCUUUGGAAAACAUUAGUGGGAAUGACAUUAGCUGAGGCUCCAGUGUCUAGCUUGAAGGUGACAAUAGUUUUACUUGGUCCAACCAACACAUCUGCAUAUGCCUGUUCAGUUUCUCUUUUGUUACCGCUGCCUUGUGUAACUGCAUCAAUAAACAAGUCUUCAUUGUCUUUC